UUGCGUUAUAGAGAAAAGAAAAUACCGCUACCAAGGCAAGAUGAAGAAUCGUUAAAAAAAUACCUAAGAACACAAGAUUUUGGCAAUUUGAUCAGCUUUCUAAACGCAUUUCAAGAUUUUAUGCCCGUCGUUAUUGGCGAUAAAUCUGCUCUGGAAAGAAUCGCGUAUGAAUUUUGUGAAACUCAGUCAAAGCUCAAUAUCUUAUACACCGAACUUCGCUACAGCCCUCACUACUUUUCAAAUACUGCUAGGAAUUUUCUGUGGGACAAGUUUCCUCCGUAUCACGGUAAAGGCGACCUCACUCCGGAGCAGACGGUGGAAGCCGUGAACAAGGGAUUGCUUCGAGGCCGGACGGAUUUUGGAGUCCAUGUCUACAGUAUUCUCUGUUGCAUGGAGGAUCAUCCAGAAUGGUCAAAAACAGUACUUGACAUAUGCACCAAACUCCGAAAUGAAGGCGUGGUUGGUAUUGAUCAGGCCGGGGCAAAUACUGGUUUUAGCGAACAAGCCGUGCGGAUUUUUGAGGAAGCUGAACGUCGAGGAAUUUUCCGAACAGCACAUGCAGGGGAAACAGGAAGCGCUGACUGUGUUAAACAGGAACUGCACGUAAAUCGAAUAGGUCAUGGUUAUCGCGUAUUUCGAGACCUGUCCGUUUAUGACCUAGCGAAGAAAAAAAAUAUUCAUUUCGAAAUUUGCCCGCUGUCCAGCGUAAUGACCGGUGCCGUAAGUAAUAAAUGGGACAGUCAUCCAGUGCACAAGUUGCUUGAAGACAAGGGCAACUUUUCGAUCAAUACCGAUGACCCGACCCUUCUUGGCAACGAUUUGAACAGCGAAUUUCAGCUCUGUGCCGAAAAACUUGGGUUCACACCACAAGACUUCUUUCACGUGGUAAGUUCCACCAACUGUUUAAAUGCAGAUUAAAA